AUGGCGGCAGGAGAGAAAUCCGGCCCUGGGAAGCAUGAAAUACGAAGAUCUGGCCUUAUAAGAGGCCAGAAUCUGCAAAUACUCCCUUCUCUACAGAUUAUGAUCCAAUGUAACACAGAAAGCCUAGAAGGAAGCCCUUUCUCAAGGUUAAGACUUCCUUCCUGGCUUUCUGAUACUGGAUGGAGUGGAGUUUGGCUUCCAUUGCAACUCCUUCCAGGAAGAUCAAAUGAUUACACAAAAGUCAUGGCAAUUGUAUUCUAA